AUGGGAAAUUUCCCAUCAAGGUCGUGGGGGUUAUGUGUCCCUUUUUCUUUGCAUUUUAUCGUCUUCGCUUUUCUUUGGUGGAAACACAGAAAAGCACUAAAGGCCGGAAAUCUCAUCUUUGAGAAAAUAGGCCAUGUAGCUGGUAUAUUUUUUUAUCCGGUGAAGUCUUGCAGGGGAAUUUCCUUGGAGACAGCAAACUGCCUCAUAGAGGGAUUGGAAGAUGACAGGUUAGUAAACAUAAUUUUCUAGCGACUGGUUGUUGGUUUUUGGGUUUCUAUACCUUGUACCAAUUUUGGCACGUUUAUCCGAUUGUAAGGUGAUGUUACACAAGACGAUUUUUAGCGCAACACAGCGUUGCAAUGUUGGAACAAUGUUGGAACUAUUCGAAACAAUUUUGCAAUAAUGAUGCAACGCUGUGUUGCACUAAAAUUAUGUCGUGUAACACCAUCUUAACAGGCAGUUAACAUUAUUUUUGUUUCUCAAUGAGAAUUUUGAAAAUGAGUUCAAAUCACAAUGCACAACACUGGCCUGGAGGAAUCUAGCUAGUAGCCCAUCAACAUCUAGACGACUUAUGAUUAGGUACAUGAAGCAUAAAACAGCCUUUUCUCCGGUCCUUUGUUCUUUAUUAUUUUGGGAUCUUACUGUUAACACAAUGAUUUUUCUGAGCCAUUCAUGGGUGUAGCUACAAUCAUGGACAAAAGUCCUUGGGACAGUAAUGCAGUAUCCAUAUUUUUCUGUCAUUUCUGAGUUUCCUCAUGAAACAGUGCAUCCUUAGCCUGUGAACAGGCUCUCGGUUUUGGGAAAGGGUGAAAAAUCACUUUCACUCUCCCCAGUUCCACCCUCUACCGAAGGCCCAUUCACAGGCUAUGCAUCCUUUUUGAAAUUGUCGUGCAGUUCUCCCUCCCCCAUCCUAUUCAAAGUUCAAACUCGAAAAAAAAAUUGUGGAUAUACGUAUCCAACUUUGUUUGUGGGUUGAGGGGAGGGUUUGGGAGCUGUGUGAAUUGGAAAACACCCCAGAAAUGCAAAAGUGUGCCAAGACUUUUAGCCAUGAUUUUAGGAUUGUAUGCCUAGUUUUCCAAAUCCCAGACUGUCCAACCAUUCUGAUCUCGUUGGGAUCCUCCCGAUUUUGCUUGAAAAUCCCGAAUCCCAAUCAGUAUUCUAUUGGGACAGGAAAAAUCCUCACUGUAACAUCUGUUGUGAUAAAUACACCAGAACAGCUGCCACAGACUGUACUUAACUGAAGCUGAUACCGCCUGAAAUAUAAAAAAAUCUAGUACUUGUAUGGGAAAACACGCAAAUUAAAAUAGGCGUAAAAAGAACAUUUAAUUUAGCGAACAUUUUAGAAAGAAAUCAACCUCUGAACACAAGAACAACUUUUCAGAGCAUCAAAAUUUCAAAAUUUCUGGGGUAGGAAGCUCCCAGACACCCCCUCCCCCCCCCCGCACCCAGGCAGCUUGCACCCUAGGCACUCAUGUGAUUUGUCAGUUAUAAAAAAAUAUCCCGAUUUUACUCAAAUGGUUGGACAGUCUGAAAUCCACCCUUAGCUCAGUUUCCCCAAUUUUUUCUGUGUAUUUAUCUAGAUUUGAGUCUUUUACAGUACUGUGCAAUCCAAUUCUGGGCUACCCAAACAGGAAAAUAAUGGAAAACAAUGGUAAACAAUGAAAUACCAUUGUUUAAAAGAAUGGAUUAGGAAAGACCUUAUAAGCAGCUCCUACAUUACCUCAAUAGCUUCAAGCUGCAUCUCUAUAUUUUCUUUUCUUUCCAGACGAUGGGUUGUUGUGGACAACAAGGAUGAGCACAUUAGAUGUUACUUGCAUCCAGUGAUAUCUCAAGUGACUCCACAUUUUGAAGGUGAUCAACUUUGUCUUGACGCUCCUGGCAUGGAAACGCUGAAAGUGAACAGAAAGUUGAAUACUAAUGAAUAUAAAGAUCUCAGGUUUGUACAAUAGUUAUACAGUGAAACUUUGAUAUAACGAACCUCUAUAUAAUGAAGUCCUCGGUUGAACGAACAAUUUUCUUUACCCCAGUAAUAGUAACAUGUAUGAUUUCAAAUGAACCUUGAUACAAUGAAACCUUGAUAUAGCAAACAAAUUUUGUUGGUCCCCUGGCCCUUGUUAAAUCAAGGAACUAUCUACUGUAGUACUGUCACAGAUGUAACUCCUUUCUUGAACUUAUGUUUUUUCUCUGAAUGGGUGGAAUUAAGGGUGGUCAAGUGAUACGCAUGUUUGCCUCUGCCCGAAAUUGUGGGCUCGGUGGGUUUUAUUUAACAUCGUUAAACUCUUGUUGCUAACUGUGGAAAAAAUAUAUCUUCCUAAACCUGUGGCAAAAUACGUUAAUGGUAAUAGUUUUUGGUAUGUCUGGUUUUUAAUUGCCAGGGUGCUAAGGAUUUCGUCCAUUUCUCAAUAUGCUGGUGAUGAAGCCGCAGCUUGGUUUUCAACUUUACUGAAUGUUGCGGGAUGUAAAAUGUACCACAUUCAUGAACCUCGUUAUAGCAGUGAAGAGCAAAAGUGGGGAGACAUUGCUUUACCAGGAGACAAGGUAACAUUUUUCUGGAACAAAGGUGUAUUUUAUGAUGAGAUAUAGUCGUGUAGUGGUGAUUAAGACGUGUUGGCCAAUAGGCUAACGUUCGAAUUCUAUCAUCACAUAGCUGACUGUGAAUUCCCUGGCCUCAUUAGGUCAUUGGGUAGCCUGCGAUCGUAUACUUAUUUCCGAUUGUUGCCUCUCCUUACCCAAAAAGUUACCUUUCAUGGGGGGAGAAGUGACAAACAAGAAAAUGUCUGCAUUCGUAGGCUUUUCAGUGGGUUAAAAUAUAAAAUUAAUCAUUCUUGCUCAGUACCUCUUUAAAUAAAUUAUGUUCGUUUCAAAUUUUUUUCUAGCAAAAGAAGGGAGCAUAAAGGAUCUCUAGUUUAAAUUUAAGACCAUUUUUUCUUUGACCCAAAUAUGCUUGGAUUUUGGCAGUUUCAAUAAAUUAGGCCCUCUGUAUUUAAACUAAAGUGUAAAUUUAAUGCAACAAAUUCUAAAUUUGUUACAGUCAGCCUAGAAUCCCUGAAUAAAAUCAAACUGGCCCUGGUUGUUCAAACGUUGGAUAGCGCUAUCCGACGGAUAAAAAUCUACUCACUGGAUAACGCAAUUGGUUUCCCUAAUUAGUAAUACUUAUCCGCUGGAUAGUGAUUUAUCGGGUGGAUAGCACUAUCUAACGUUUGAACAACCGGGGCCUGGGCAUUAAUUCCUAUUCUUUAGACAGGAUAUGCAUCAAUUACUUCAUAUCUCAUGACAACAGAAGCAUCGUUAGUUCCUCUGAAUGAAGCGUUACCAUCUCCAGUUGGAAUGGACAGAUUCCGUCCUAACAUUGUUAUAGGUGGCACAGAACCUUUUGCAGAGGUUUGUAUUAGUAUUUAUAAAAUAAAAAGUUUAUCGAGAAAGGUUUGGUCAUGACUGGCCAUGGUGAAUUUCACACUUUGAUUUGCAAGCUUGUACAUUGGCUGUUUUCACAGUAGAGACGGAUUAUCCGUCUGAGACGGGUUAUUCGUUGGAUAAUUCGCGCCAGACAGAUACUACGACUUAGUUUGAAAAUGGAACGGUUUGAAUUUUUGAUUAACGAUCCGCCUGAUUUUAUCGAUCUGUUCAUCCGUCAAUUUUCACACGGAUUUUGAAGAUGGAUUAUCCGUCCCGGACAGAUAAUCCGUCUCUGUUGUGAAAACGGCCAUGGCAACAGGAAGGAAAAUCUAGGAUUUUAUCAUGUGUCGCAGUUCAGUGGGGUUUUUAAUUCUAGGAACACCAGUUUCUUUUUUUUGCCCUGUUUUUGGUUAUGUGACAGUACUGAGACAAAGAAAUUUUUUGGAAAGUGGUCUUAUUCAUGCUUUCUUAGAAUUGAGAGACCAGUAAUAUAAUUAUUGCAGAUUUUUUUACAAUCUCCUGAGGUAUGAAUUGUGAUGAGCCAGUAAGGUAGCAUAAUACUGUGUUUUUUAAUUAUACCUCGAAGUGUAAUAGUGAAAAAAAGCAUUUGUGAUAUGCCUUAUUAGUGAUUCGUGUUACGUCAUUAGGAUCAUUGGGACCAUAAAGUACUGAAAAUAGCAGAUGUGACAUUUAGAAAAUUAAAGGAUUGUGGAAGGUAAAGAAUAUAUUUUUUUUCAGUGAUAAUUUCAGCCAUUACAAUUUUAUUGAAAGGAAUAGAAAACUUAUCAAUCCACCGCUAAAUUCAUCUGCAAAGGCUAAGACCAAGUCAAACGCUCACAAAAUUGUCACAACAUUGUUGCGAUCCUUCAUCGUACGUAUGUGCUAUACUCACUGUCCACUGACUGACUGGUAGUUGUCAUAGAAUUAUUUCUAGAUCCAUAAUGAAUGUUCACUCGGCCUUGAUCACAAGAUUUCCAAAUUUCACGGCAAGAAAAGUGUCAUUUUGCAACUAAGACCUAAGAAAACGCGCGGUGAAUUAACGAUUAAGGCUCAAUUUUAACUCGUUUUUGCUUGUUUGCUGACCUUCAUCAAUCGGUUAACACUCAGUGAACGCCUUCACUGCCACAGUAUUUCUGCUUUUAGCUGGAGUUUUCAAACUAAAAAACGCGUUUUCAUGUCAAGGUCAUACGAAAAUCACUCUAUCACUGCUUGUAAUGUUGGUAAUCCUGUUAUGUCACUCUCUUUGUAUUAACAUUAGGUGUCCUAAAACCACCGUGGACCCUGAGAGAGGCGUCAAAGAUGGACACGAACCAUUGGAGACUUUAAGAAAGUGAGGCAAUGAUAUUAUCACAAACCUUCAAAUUACCAGUGUUGAACGCCUUCGUUAUGCUUUUAGUUAACCAAUUCAGUUGUGGGAUUUUGCCAACGAUGCUGUUUUAAUUUAAUCGAUCCAUUUUCUAGCAGACUAGGAGUAGUCCCUAGUUUCACUCAGGGAUGUGAAGCGAGCGUUGAUCUUACUCCCUCUCUUCUCCACAAAGGCUCCCGCUAGGCAAUUCAAUAAAACAAUAGUUAUACAGUUAAACCUCCUUUAAGCGGCCAGCCUCGGGGUGUACUGGGGAGUGGUCGCUUAAAGGAGGUUGGCCACUCAAUAGAGGUUCGUCAUAAAUCAGCAUAAUUUUAAGCAGAAAUAUCCCUUAAUUUUGAAACAAACGCGUGACGGAAGAAGCAUUUCUGGUCCACAUUUUGUUGUCAACUUCUAUCUCGAACUGUAUUUUCCUUCAUCAUAUUCUUAAAAUGAAGAAAAAAUCCAUCGGGUCAAGUGUAUCAAGCGCUUCAUGGCCGCAGGUGACAACAAAUGGAAGAACUCUCGUUAGGACGGUCAAAAGGUGGCCGCGCCCGCUGAAUAGAGGUUUAUUUUCCCAUUCUUUUGUACAAUUAUUUUGGGACUUUGAUAACUGACCGCUUAAUAGAGGGUGGCCGUUUCAUAGGUGACCGCUUAAUGGGGGUUCGACUGUAAUUAAAAAAUAGCGAGCGGGUGGUGAACGAUGGGAAGGGGGAAAAGCCCCCUCAGUGUCUUCCCCUUCCCAUCGUCCCCCGCGCACUUUCCGGGCACGAGGUUACUGCCUCCCCACCUCCGUACGACACAAAGAGACGGGGUCUCUUCGGAGGAAAAAGUCUUAUUCCCGAAGCCAUUGGCAGGGCAGUUGUGAACUCGUUUCAGCUUUAUCUAUUUCUCAAUUGGUAGGCCACGUUAUUAAUUAUUAUGAAUUGUGAAUUAUUUGUUUGAUUAUCUUCCUUCCCUUCCCCACUUAACAGAAACCUGCUCUUUGGUUAUGGCGUUCUCACUUAGUGUAUUGUUAUAUUUAGAUUUAGAUUGUUCAAAGAUAGUGAUCCCAGGCACGGAAAGGCACCUUUCUUUGGAGCACAAAUGGCACCAGACUGUGAAGGAACCAUUGAGAUUGGUGACCCUGUUUUUCUGUCCUGCUAACGAUCAGUGUAUAGUGUUGUCACAUGACGUCACGUCGGCCCUGUUGGUGUCCCAAAACAAUGAAACGUCUCGUGGACAUGAAACCUUUUUCUUAUGUAAAAAAGUUUCUUUUGUUCCAAUAAAUAUAAAUUUGCAUGGCUACUGGCCACGUGAGUGAAAAUGCUCAAUACAGCUUCAUCAGUCAUUUAAACAUUAGACUGGCCUGAAAAUUGCGAGAAGCUAAUCGUGGUAAGCCACAACCUCACAGGUCACAUUAUGACAUAAUCGUUAUUGGUGACACUGUGUUUUGGAUUAUAACGAGCCUGCAGCAAAGAUAGAAGACUUAACUGUACGAAUAAUAAUUAUUUUGAAGUAGACAUGUAGAGACUUCAAGAAAAGAUAUGUAGGGCUAGGCUACAAUAGUGCAUUGAAAAUAUGUAUGUUUAUUCAUAACUAUAACAAAAUUCUCAAAUCUGAUUGGUUAUCAACUGUCCUGAUUUCAGCACUAAUAGGACAGUGUAAUAGGACAGUACGCGUCAUGGCUAAGUAACUGGACAAUACGCGCUAUCACGCGCGAGCUGAAAUGGCUUUUUUUUUUCACUGCCAGCAAAGUUUCCACUCGUAUGAUUCCUCGCGAAGCGCCGAGCCGCGAGGUUUAUAAUAUCGUCGCACGCGAAGCGCGCGUGUAUCACACGAGCAUCGCAAAGCCAGCGUGAUUUUCUCUUGGAAGACUGAAUUGGAUUCCACUAAGUCCUAUUACCAUUAUAAACAAAUAUAAUACUUAACUAAUACAACAAAUAAUAUUAGACUCUAUCACUGUUAUGGUAAAUAUUGUACCAUUGCAUAAACGUUGUGCUCAAAAGGGCACUAAUGUCAUAUUGAUCGAGGGCUAGUAUAUAAGCAAGAGCGAGAAAAAAGCUACGUUUGUACCUUUCCAUGCGGUACAUUGAUAGGGCUGUGUUACUGGUAGGAUUGUUGCUACUGCGCAAAUCGUAUGGAUGGCUCUUAGAACGCAUGGGAAGCAGUAAGUACUACAAGAGUCUGGGUGGUCGCGUCGAGCGUCAAGCCUGGUGAUAGUUACAUAAUGAAAGAGCGUCAUUUUUAGAGGAAAUUUAGGAAUAGAGUAUGGAAUACCCUCUUUUGUCACCUAGGCAGAAGGAUAGGCUGGGUUUGUCCAAGUGACACAACAAUAUUUCACGAUGGAGAAUAUCAAUACAAAGUUGGCAUUAAUGAGGUCACAAGAGGCCGGUUACAGAACUCGAACAAUGUAAGACGCUUUCAUGCCUUAGUAACUAUUCCGUUGACGCAAUCAAAACAAGCAAGCGACAUGUGGCGAUCUUGAGCUCAAUCUACAUCAAGAAUGGUUGUUCAAUAAUACAAUUUUGUGUUACUACAUUGGCAUGAUGUUCCCCUAAUUAUUGUUCCCAAAUCACUGCUUUUUCGUGAAAUUUUUUGGCUUGGCUGUACUCUCGCAGGUUAUCACACACUGAUGCCAAGUCCUUGUUACUUUCUGCUACAACGGUAUUACAUCUACGGAAUUUUUUUGGGCGAAAAAUUACUGUCGACUUCUUCUAGAAGCUCUUUGGCUUGAUUGUAUUCUCCCAAGGUUUCCCAGUACACUAAUUCCAAGUCGUUAUUCGUUAUAACCUGUUGCUACAUCGACAUUAGCCUGAUUGAUAUAUGCCAUCAUAUAUGAUAUUCUCCGAAAUUCUUUUCCCAAAUCAUCAGUGCUCUUUGGCUUUCUUAUAUUCCCCCAGAGUGUGGUACAGUCCUUAGGCUAACCUUCGUAGCAGGUGCUUGGAAGUAGUGGGUGCAUGAAAGAACGUGCGCGCGAGAGGGAGACAUGAGAGGGGAGAAGGAGGAGCUCCCUCUCCCCUCGCGAGUCUCCCUCUCGCGCGCCUGUACUUUCUUGCGCCCGCUACGCGGGCUAUCCUUAGGCAGUUUAUUCCACCUGCUAUUCUUCCGUUAGUCUGCUAGACAACCGUUCUCUUUGUUUUUACGCAACCCGCUUCUUCCCUAUGUUUUUGUUUUUCGUUCCACGCAGAUAUCAGGUACCACUCCCACUUUGCAGACUCGGCUUUUGAAGGAGUGCUUUCGUUUUAGGCCUAAGAUUAGCCCUUUAUACUCUAUUCCAAGAAACAUUUACAUUUUGUCAACUCAGUCUAUGUAAUUAGUUAAUUUAUACUUACCUUCAUUGUAUUUUGCUUUCGAUCCUGGCCUUACCGUUACUGUUAACUUUAUUUUUACUCUGAGGGAGCCCAAUGUCUAUAAGCCUCAUGGUUUCUUUUUGGGCUUCCUCGCCACUUUCAUUUGCUUUUGUGUAACUGUCUUGUUUUUUCGUUAUUUGUAUUUUGUGGUAAAUCAAAUAAAGUUACAAAGUUACAUGUUAAGAAAACAGAAUGAACAACAAUUAGUUGAGUUCGCUUUUGAAAAAAUUUGUUGGCACGAGCUCAAAGAGCAUAUUACAAUUAGACAACCUGUAAAAUUUUAAUAGAAGGAUUUGCAUGAGGAAAACAACUCUUGCCCCCCAGUCACGGUUGAAUGGUUUUCUAUACAACUCCUUGUAAAUUUUGUCUCGCAAUUCCCAAAAGAGAUGUUAGCACAAAGUUGACCACUCCAGAAAAUACCAUAACAUACCGUAAUGCUCGUUGUUUGUCACUCCCAACCCAAAUUUUGCAUAAGCAUUGUCUUCAGUUUCUCUUGGGAACUGAAAUGGCCCCAAGAGAAACUGAAAACUUAUGCAAAAUUUUGGGGUGACAAACGAAGAGUAUUAUGGUAUGUUAUGGUAUUUUCUGGAGUGGUCAAUAAAGAAAAAUGACCAGAAAGCCUCGACCGGUUGUGCCUGGCUUGAAAGUAUACGUGACAUCAGCAUAACGUGAUGAGUUGUAACGCCAUUAACCCCAUGGCCUUGAUACGAGGCAACACAACACUUGACACAUCUUAUGACACAUCUUAUGACACGUCACGUUCAGAUUACCCAACGAUGGGGUUGUGGAGGAUAUGUCUUCCAUUGUCGUUGAAUUUUAUCGCGUUUGCUUUCCUGUGGUGGAAACACAGAAAAGCGCUUAAGGCUAAACCUGCUGUAUUUAAGAAAAUUGGCCAUGUAGCUGGUAUAUUUAUAUAUCCGGUGAAGUCUUGCAGGGGUAUCUCCUUAGAAGCUUCAAACUGCCUCAUAGAAGGAUUGCAAAAUGACAGGUAUAGUGCUAUUUGUUCGCAAGAAAGUUACAGUGUUUUUGUGAAACAUAUAAGAGGUAUGUCUCAAGUCUUCCAGUAUAUAUAUUGCAGAGAAGUUACAAGAGCUAGGUUGGGACACAUUACUCAGAACAAAAUUUUUCGGAGGAUGAUUUUCCGGUGUACUUUGCCUUAUCGAUCUGAGGAUUGCACAGUCUGUCUGGCAAACAGAGCAGAAUCUUCAACGUACUUUUCCACCAGGCGCGGAUCGACACCGGCUUCCACGGUUUUUUAAUCGGUCAGAUUUUUCAUGAUCGACAGGCGGGUAGUCAGCUUUACGACUAGUUGUAGGCCUGGAGGACUUAUAUUACCACAUAUCCUGAAAAUUGCAUGCAUGACCACGCACUGACCUCACAAACACUCUCACCCCAACAACGCAUAAUUAAUUACAAACGGGAGAGUACGGCGUACGAUUCAAAUUUUCAACUUCAACACUUGAAUUUUAUAGUCGACUUAAAAAUUUUACACUCUUCCUUUAGAAUUUAUUCAUUGGAAAACGUUUUAACUAGCUGGGUAAGCCAAGUGCACUUUCCACUAUAGACAAGCCUUUAAACCUUGUUAAACCCUUUUAUCCUAGGGGGGGGGGGGAACUCCCAUAUGAAAGGGGCGGGGAUGCUCGUCGUCUCAUUUAGGGUUGUAAAUUUCAGAUUUUGGUCUCGCUUAGGGUGUUCUGGGCAAGACACCAUUAUAUUUAGUCGUAAAGGUCUCUUUUAGGGUUGCACUCUAAGAAAUAUUAAAAAAUUAUUUUCAAUUCAUUUUAUUUACUCCAUUCAUGAGUUUGAAAUGAUCCCUUUUAGGGGUCAAAAAAAAAAGGUUGGGCCAUGUCCAGAUUGGUCUCCUUUAGGGGUUUAAUUCAAAAUUUCCGACGAGCAUCCCCGCCCCUUUCAUAUGGGAGUCUCCCCCUGCCCCCCUGGGCCUUUUAUAUUUUAAACUACUAACCCUGGGGAAAUUACCAGCUAGCCCUCUAAAUAGAAAUAUAAAGAAUAAAGCACUUAAAGCUACUAAAACGUUAAAGUGUCACUCCCAAGAACUAACUCACUUCUUAAAUCACCAAUACCACACAUUGUAGCCUGUGUACAGACGUCCCCCAUCCCUCAGGAAAAAUCGGAAUAGGAGACUGUCUCUUCUCCCAAUUGUUUCUGAGGAUGGGGGACAUCUGUACACAGGCUACACACAUUGGAGAGUCAAAUUUUGCAAGUGUACUGAGGUUUGCAGGUAUAAGUGAGGGUCUGCAAGUAUGCAUGAGUGCAGGUCUGAAGGCCAUCAGGUGUGGAUCCAGGUCUUCAUUGGUAGCAAUGUUAGUCAGCAGAACAAGCAUUAUUUUUUGUGUUUUAUUUUAGGCAAGUAAAAAUAAGUGCAAAGCAGGCAUGGGAGGAGGAAGACACCUUUUAUUCAUGCCUUCCUUCAAAGCAUGUGUCUCGUGCUCCACUGGUGCUUUUCAAUGUCUUUGCUUGCCUAUUGAAAAUGUGAAAAAAUAACACUUGUUCUGGUGCUAACCUGCAACCCCAAAACCCUCCAAUAUUAUGUUGUAAUUUACAUUACAAUAUAGUCAUUAAAACCUCCUUGUAACAAAACUCUAUUAUUAAGUCCUCACCAAAAAGUGAAAGAUUACCCCAGUUAUAGUGAAAUUAUAUAUGGAAAAGAACUGCCAGUCAAAUAAAACCUGAGCUUGUUAGUUGUGGCAAACAUAAUUUCCAGCCCAUCGGCCCUUUGUUAGUUUGAGGUUCCUUCUGUACUCAAAGGUUAUUGCACUGCUUCAGUAUUCAUUAGGCUGAAGUAUUCCCUUUUUUUCCUCCCAGGCGUUGGAUUGUGGUGGACAAAAAUGGUCAGUACAUUAAAUCAUACGUAAAGCCAGUGUUAUCUCAAGUAACUCCACAUUUUGAAGGUGAUCAACUUUGUCUUGAUGCUCCAGGCAAGGAAACCCUGAAGUUGAACAGACAGUUGGAUGCUAACGAAUAUAAAGAUCUUCGGUACAGUGAUUUAUUAAGCUAUAUAAAAAAGCGGUCAUUUUCUUACAACUUUUCAUGCUAUCUUAACGUACUCAUGCAGUCCCAGACCAAAUUCUAUAUACCAGAUCUCCUGUAACAAGUAUUUAAAUAUUUGUCAUGAUCAUGCAGGUCUAUUGACUAAAACUUUCUGUUAAAAGUUACUUGAACUGAAGAUGCUAUAGGCUGAUUAUAUUGUUUCAAAAUUCUUAUUAUAAUUGCCCUGGUCACAUUGCAUCAUUGUUCACUCUUGCUGGCAGUUCACUCAAAGACGUACAGUAUUACCCCUUUAAAAUUUCACGAUCAAUUUUCAGAACUGUUUACUUUUUAAGUUACCUACAUAUUCAGACAAUAUUAAUGUUCAGUGACAUAAACUACCUGAUAUUUUCUUUGGUAAUUAUUUCCAAAAUCAACAGGUAAAUUUGGAAAUUUUAUUUAGGAAAGCUUUAAUUUGCUUGUUAACUAAUCGAUUGCACAUAUAUCUCCAUAGAUGUCUUUCCAUUGGGCUUGGAAACCCUACAGCUUUAGGGUUGGGUUCUUUUGAAAGAACAGAACCUUAAAAAAGACUACAUGUGGUUUCAAGUCCCCCUCUCGAGGACUCAGUCAAUUACAUUUUGAAGUCGGGCCUUCAGUGAUCUUUUUACAAACUGGAAAAAAAAAAUCUCUAUCUCCUCUUAUCUGUACCAAAUAAAUGAUCUUAAUGGUAACAGUUACACUGUCAUGUCUGAUUUUCAAUUACCAGGGUGCUAAGGAUUUCAUCCAUUUCUCAAUAUGCUGGUGAUGAAGCGUCAGCUUGGUUUUCAACUUUGUUGAAUGUUCCAGGCUGUAAAAUGUACCAGAUUCAUGAACCUCGUUAUGGCAGUGAAGACAAAAGAUGGGGAGAGUACGCCCUACCGGGAGACAAGGUAUUAGAACCAUUAGGACAAGGGCGUGGCUUUUCCUUUGGGGGUCCAGAGGACAGGUGUUUUAAACUAAAGUGGUACUGAAGUAGAUUAUAAUGAGGCUAGAGGAAAUUGCUAUAAUUGGCGAUAAAAUUGUUGAGACACUUCCUGGGUAACUUCGGGGAACAACACAAUCCACACCCUCCCCCCUACAGUCCAUUCAAAGUUGUGAUGCUUUUUGCUUCCUACAGGUAGCUCUGACAGCUGCACAAUAUUGCAUAACAAGCCUCUUUUUUUUUUCUUAAGAUACUAAUAUCCACUAGGAUGUUAACUCACUAAGGCUACAACUGGGGACAAAAUUAGUUGAGACACUUAGCCCUAAAAGACCCCUCUGGAAUACUGCAGACUCCAAAAGGGGAAAAUUAUGAUUUUCCUCAUUGUGUUUUAUAGACAGGAUAUGCAGCAGAAACUGCAUAUCUCAUGACAACAGAAGCAUCAUUAGUUGCUCUGAAUGAAGCGUUACCAUCUCCAGUUGGAAUGGACAGAUUCCGUCCUAACAUUGUUAUAGGUGGCACAGAACCCUUUGCAGAGGUUUGUAUUUUCUACACGUCUCUCUCACUCUUUAAUUCCUAUUUAUAUUUGUCUAUCUCUCUCUGUGAGAGACCUGGACUGACAGCAGAGAAUUGUUUUUGAAGUUGAUCUUUGAUUAAUUUCUUGCUUACAUGCAUGUACAGUAUACACACUUUCUUUCCAAAAAGUUUAUUAAAAUUGCUGUUCAAUUCCCUCUCGUGUGUCAUGAUUUCUGAUGGGCAAUUAGCAUAUAACCAACUGAGCCAAAAAACAAAUGAGCAUGCAGUAGCCUGAGAAAACAGCCGACAUUUGGCGCUCUGGUUUCCCCGCCAAAUGACGUCUGGGAAACCAACGCAGAAAUUCCAUACUGAUGACGCGUCAGAAGCACUGACCCAGAUCUAGGUAGUGACGCAUCAUCAGUAUGGAAUUUCUGCGCUCGUUUCUCAGACGUCAUUUGGCGGGGAAACCAGUGGUAGCGGCGCCAAAUGUCAGAUGUAUUCUCAGGCUAAAUGAGCAGGUGUGCAUUAAUAUUUGUGAGUUAAUGAUAGCUAGGCUUGAACAUCAAUCAUGUUUCAUUCUUUUUACAAAAGAAAGGUUGGAUAAUUUGUAUUAUCAUUGUGUCCCUUUUUUCUGUUGUUAUAGGAUCACUGGAACCAUAAAAUAUUGAAAAUAGCAGAUGUUACAUUUAGAAAAAUAAAGGAUUGUGGAAGGUAAAAACCUUUCCUUAAAUAUGAGUGCAGAUAACUUUUUUUUUUUUAAUUAGCCAUAUAGCUGUGUUCAAACAGAUCCAGCCAGAGCAUCCAGCUUCAUGCAGCCUCAAUAAUCAAGUUGGACCUGAACUUUAGCAUGGUGCCAUUUAUUUCUUAGAAUUUUGCAUAAAGAAAUUUGAUUUUUUUUUUGGUUAAUUUAUAAGAAGUGGAAGGUUUUGAAUAAUAUGGAUAAAACUGAACCACAACGCACAUACCCCUAGUGUCAGUCUAUGGAGCACUGUUAAAAUUGACUGUAUGUGUGUGCAUUUGCUCAUUUAUUGUGCUAGAAGCACAAGUUUGAAGUGACAGCAAUUUUAUAAAUAUAUAUUUUGUCAUUAAAAGUUUGCUUUGUUUUCUACUAUUAGGUGUUCUCAAACCCUUGUGGAUCCAGAGAAAGGGAUUAAAGAUGCAGGUCUUGAACCACUGAAGACCUUAAGAAAGUAAGGCAAUUGUAUUUUAUGUUAGAGGGCGUCUAAGACUUUCAGAUGCCUAUAAUUGUGGAUACAUCAAAUAAAAUGGAGAAUAAUAAUGUAAGAUGCAUUAAAUGUCAAACAAAUUUAAUGUCUGAAGUUAGGUGCGUCUCCAAAACCCAACGACAUCUUGGUCAUCUCAGAUAUUUAGUGAGCUGUUCAGUAUAAGGACAUGGAGAUGUACUAUGAAUCAGCAUCUGACAGACAUUUAAAUUUGUCCAGGUGUAUCAUGCAGACAGUUCUGGUAUAACUGGCCAAGAAUGAUGUUACAUAUGUAACGUAAGUCUUGAAAACAAAGACCCCUAAGACCCCCCACUGAAUCAAUAAAGUUUAAAGUCAUUCAGUGGGUUCUUAGGGGGUCCUAGUGGACUUUGUUCUCAAGAUGUCUAAAAUAUUAUGCCCAUAAGUAAUGUAAGAGAGGAGUCUGAUGUCAGUCCACACAUGAUUCUCCUUGAUGAACUUGAUUAAUUAACAAAUGGAAUUAUAAUUAAUUAAUAAAAUGUAAAUGUAAUUUUCAUCAAAUCCUGUUUGGGUUCGAGACUUGAUAUGAAGUGAACUUAAAGUUUAUUUUAAUUAUAGCUGCUUUUAAUUGGCUUAUUCAAAAUCUGCAGCUUAUAAAAUUAAUUAAUUCUCCAGCCCCACACCAAAAUUCUGCGUGCUUCCUCAUAGACUCUUACUCUUGCCUCUUUCUUAUAACCAGAUUUAGGUUGUUCAAAGAUAGUGACCCCAGACAUGAAAAGGCACCUUUCUUUGGAGCACAAAUGGCACCAGACUGUGAAGGAACCAUUAAGAUUGGGGACCCUGUGUUUAUUUCCUGUUAA